AUGAAGUUCGCCCACGAGUUCAAGGAGGUCCUCGACCGAGAGGGCUUCCCCGACCACUGGCUCGCCGCCGCCAUUCCUUACUCCCAGCUCAAGAAAUGUCUCAAGAAGGUGCAGCGAGAGCUCGAGGGCCUCGGUCUCGACAGGGACACCCUCCAGCAAUUACUGGCCGAGCAGACUCUCAGCCCCGACGGCGAGCCCAUCCCUCUUGCCCGCUACAAUCUGGACCACGCCUCCUCCCAGUCGCUGAGACCGCGUCUCUCUGUCUUCGUUCACCUGCAACAUGGCCAGGUGAUCGAUGCUGCCUUAUCACCCGCCUCCCGCGCUUUCCUGCAGCGGCUCUCUGGCAGACAGCCCUGCUCGCCCGCCCUCAGUGCGACAAGGCCUGAUCCUGGACCCUUCUCCCCCGAGGAGCUGGAGCGGAUCGAGGUGCCGCUGGUAUUCGACGGCGAGUUCUUCAACAUUCUCCAGACCGAUGUAGAUAGCCUAGAUACCCUUCUGCAGCAGGAAGAGAGGUCUAUGGAGACGGACAUCAAGUCCCUAGGCGAUGAGGUGUCCACCGUGGUCCGGCCACCCAAGGCGCUUUCGAAAUCCGACCUGAACCGCUGGCGCGAGAUCUUCGACCUCUACGUCAACGCGCAGGUGUUCUUCUCCUCGCACGAGCUGGACCACGGCUCUAGAUCCAGCGCAAAGGCUGUGCAGCAGCUGGUCUGGUUCCAGAAGGAGGUGCAGGAGCGGGGUCUGCUGGACAAGUUCAAGAUGCCCUCCAGUAGGCGGGCCUACACCAGGUUCCUGCAGCUUAACGCCACGCUGCUCCAGAACCUCAAGUUUCAGGAGCUCAAUAAGACGGCCAUCACCAAGAUCCUCAAGAAAUUCGACAAGCGGACAAGCCUGGGGGCAUCCGUCUCGUUCCGCUCCGCCGUCCGGUCGCAGAGGUUCCUCGCUGGCAACGUGGCUAAGAAACUGUGCGCGCAGCUCUCGCAGGAGGUGGUCUCGGUGGUUCCCAGGGCUGAGGACUACGACUGUCCCAUCUGCUUCUCGAUAGCGUGGUAUCCCGUGCGCCUCAAGUGCUCGCACCUCUUCUGUGUCCGGUGUGUCAUCAAGAUGCAGCGCGAGAACAAGAAGAGCUGUCCCCUCUGCCGUGAAGAGGUGGUUAUGGACGCCGACCUAUCAAACAUCGACAAGAAUUUGGAAAGAUUUAUGAGGCAGUACUUCCGCAAGGAGACGGACGAGAAGCAGAAGGCCAACGAGAUAGAGAGGGGCAUGGAAAUCUUUGGUGACCAGUACAAGCAUUCCUCCUGCCUCGUCAUGUAA